AUGACUAAUUUAGAUGAGGAUUUUACUCUACCUAAUAAAGCAAUGAAUGCUUUAGGUAGAUGGUAGGCAGUCAAAUUAGAUUUCGAUGGUUAUGAAAGUUAUGUACUAAGCAAAUAGAAAUAAUUCAAAAAGUACAGAUUAAAUACAUAUAUCCUCAAUCAUUAUGCAUUGAGAAUACAGCACAUUUUGUUCGGAAAGAUUUAAACUGUUACUGAAAAACGAAAUCAGGAAUUUAAAGAGUAGAUGAAGAAGUAAUAAUAGCAAAGAAUUGAUAUCUUCAAAACUAAAAAGAGAACCCAAGUUUCUAGUCACUCAGGUCUAGGGGUUUUAAAUUUCAAGUAGCAUUAAGAAUAGUCAUAAAGUCCAACAAAGACUCUUGAAACUGCUCCCCAAACUAUGGAAUAUGUAAAACAAACGCCCUCAGAAGCAUAUUCAUCUCCAAGAUUCUAGCCAGAUAAUAAUGCCUAGAUCAUAACUAAUUCCUACCAGAUUUUCGAUGUGGCACCAAGUGACUCUCACACAAAUACAACUAAAAACAGUGGAAGUAGAAGCUUAAUUGAUUAAAUAGUCAAUAAAAAUGUCAAGACUCCCAGUGCUGCAGCAAGUAAAAGUUAUAAAAAUGUAGGAAGUAGAUUACACACUCCAACUAAGUCUGCUUUAGGUAAAUAUGGCUCCAGGUUCACUAACGAUAAUGAAUCUACCUCAUUGACUGCUAAUGUUAGUCCAAUAAGCACAAAUAAUAUGAAACCAAUCGCUCAGGCUUAAUCCACCACUAAACUAAUUUAAAGUAAAAAUCAAAUCUCAAUUGUUGAUAAGAAAUAAGAUCAGACUGUAAUUAGUUCUACAAAACCUUUGGCUUAGAAACAAUCUCAGUGCAAAAACACAAUUAUCUAGUAUAAAUCAGAUUCAAAGUAAAUUUCAAGCGUUCGUGCUCAAGUUACUCUGUCGAAUAUCUCCUCAACUCAAAAACAGAAGGCUGAUCCAAGUAUUAGCUCAAAGACUAAACUUGUUUAGGCGAAGCAUGUUAUUGACAGAAAAACUAUUGAUAAAACUCAUAACAACACAACAAACACCACAAUUAACAAUACUUCAUCAAACAAGAAACCUACUUAAAAUCAAGCUAAUUCUAAUUAAAAGUCAUACCAGCAGAAACUUUAGGAUACAUAUUCAAGCAAAAGCCCAAUCAAAUCAAUCUAUAACUCAAAGUCAGGAGAUUUGGUUAAGAGUCCAGUAAAGCAAUAUGGAAUCAACGCCAAUACAACACAGCCAUUAAAAUAAUCUAGAGAUAAGGUUAAACCUUUGGCAAAUCAAGUUAAUUAUAGUCAGGGACAUACCAGACAAGGGUCUAUCAAUAACGAUAAAGUGUUUGCUCCAUCUAUUAAGCAUGCUUCUCCUGUAUCAAGUAAGUAUGACAAGUAUUUUAAGAAUCUUGAAAGACCUAAAAGCUUAGUUGAUCUGAAAAGAAGAGCUGCUCCCUUGAUCGAAGUUCUCAAGCUAAAUGAUGUAUCCUCAUCUUAAGAAUCUCACAGAGAUAUACAGAAUAAGGAGAGCGUCCACAAGAUAGUUUACAAGUUUAAGGAUAUUAUUUACUGA